UUUUUUUUUUUUUUCUACUAUAAAUAAAAUUAUCUUUGAACGCGUUAUUAUGAAUUUUUUUUUACGAGCACGACGACUGAGUCCUUUUUCUUUAAUCACACAUAAAAAUUUUCGGACAUCUUCUUUGUCUGCUAUAUUUUUUAAUCAACUCAACAUGUCCACAGCAAAAAAAACUACAGUUAAUUUAACAGAAAAAGUAGCUGUGAGCAAUAAACGCGCUUCAUCUCUAGACGAUGGAUCCGAUAAAGAUGUUAAAAAAGUAAAAACAACAAAGACAACAGUAACAACAGUCAAGAAAAAAAAGAGUUCAACAUGGGAACCUUUUGAUCCUUCAUUACCAAACAACAUGACAUUUCCUACUCAAUUUAAUAUUUCAUCUAAACCUGAAGGUACCGUUAAAAUUGCUUCUUAUAAUGUAGCUGGCUUAAAUGCUUGCAUCAAAAAGGGCUUCAAUAGAUAUAUUGAUGCCGAAGAUGCUGAUAUUAUAUGUCUCCAAGAAACCAAAGUCAACGCCCCUUUGUCUACUGCUGUUGAUGAUAAAGUAUACAAAUAUCGUUAUUGGUCAUUUGAUGAGAAAAAGGGAUAUGCUGGAGUCGCUAUCUUUUCUAAAUUCAAGCCAGAACAUGUAGCUUAUGGAAUACCUGGCUAUGAGCAAAAGACGCGUGGAAGAGUGAUUUCGUUAACAUUUCCUGCUUUUACUUUAAUUGGUUGUUACGUUCCUAAUGCAGGUGAUAAACUUGUUCGUUUGCCUGACAGACGUGUCUUUAAUGAUCACAUGGAAAAAUAUAUUCGUUCACUUCAAAAAGAAGGAAAAGCAGUUAUCUGGACAGGUGAUUUGAAUGUAGCUCAUACAGCUGAUGAUCUCGCACGUCCUGAUACAAAUCAACGUUCAGCAGGUUUCACAAUUGAAGAAAGAACUGAUUUUGAUAAAGUUUUAAAUCCCUCAACAGAAGAUAGUUCUUUACCUGGCUUGAUCGAUACUUGGCGUCAUUUACAUCCUGACCAAAAAGGACAUUAUACUUAUUAUUCAUAUCGUUUCAGAUGUCGUGAAAAACUGAUUGGUUGGCGAUUGGACUAUUUUACAGUUACACCUGAUCUAAUCAAUAAUGUUGUUUCAAGUGAAAUUAGACAUGAAGGAUGGGGUGCAAGUGAUCAUGUACCUUUAGUUUUAACACUAAAAGAUGUGAAAAUGGCCUAAGGAAGAAGAAGAAAAAAAAAGUAGUUACAUAAUAAUUUUUCAUUUAUUUAUUAGUGUAUAAAUAAUAUAUGAAUAUACAUAUACAUAUACAUAUACAUAUACAUAUACAUAUACAUAUACAUAUACAUAUA